AUGACGCAGUGCCAUAUUUACCUGGGUAGCAUAACUGCCCUCAUCACUACUUAUGAAGCUGUUUUUACUAAAUUAUUAUACAUCAAAAUUGCAGACAUUGAUCAUGUUGCUGAUGGCAAUAGUAAACAAAGUGGAACAAAUAAUAUAUUGGUAUUAGAUACAGAGAGAAGUCAUGAAGAAUACGACUUUCUGGAUAAAAGGGGUAAGGGAACUACGACAUAUACAAGUGUAGCUACAGAUAAAAGUCAUCUUCGCAACACUGAAAUGCAAACAGAAAUCGAACCCACGAAGUAUGAUGAGAACAAGGACUUCGGUCAUGUUUCUGAUGGAAAUGGUAUUCAAAGCCGGACAAAUAAUAUAUUGGUAUCAGAUACAGAGAGAAGUCAUGAAGAACACGACUUUCUAGAUGAUAGGGGUAAGGGAACUACGACAUAUACAAGUGUAGUUACAGAUAAAAGUCAUCUUCCCAAUACUGAAAUGCAAACAGAAAUCGAACCCACGAAGUAUGAUGAGAACAAGGACUUCGGUCAUGUUGCUGAUGGAAAUGGUAUUCAAAGCAUAACAAAUAAUAUUUUGGUAUCAGAUACAGAGAGAAGUCAUGAAGAACACGACUUUCUGGAAAAUACUGGUAAGGGAACUAUGACAUGUACAAGUGUAGUAACAGAUAAAAGUCAUCUUCCCAAUACUGAAAUGCAAACAGAAAUCGAACCCACGAAGUAUGAUGAGAACAAGGACUUCGGUCAUGUUGCUGAUGGAAAUGGUAUUCAAAGCGGAACAAAUAAUAUUUUGGUAUCAGAUACAGAGAGAAGUCAUGAAGAACACGACUUUCUGGAAAAUACUGGAAGUACAAGCAAAUUCCUUAAACAUACGGAACCAUGCCCGAAUGUUCCAGAACCUUUUAAUUUGGAAAAUGACACUGUAGAAAGGGGAAUUCUGAUAGAGGAUGAGAAAAAUGUAACACAAACGAGAGAAAUUAAACACACAUCACUCGUAAUAGAUGGACAAGAUUGUACUGUAACAGACGAAAACGAAACAGAAGAGAGUGUUCGACCUAACACAUUAGUAUCACAACCAAAUUUUGUUUGUUCCCAUUCCGACUGUAUUUCUCAAACUGAAAUUCAAGACAAAGUUGUAAAAAUCCUGCAAGAACAAGGUUGCAAUCUGGUUACUGAAGGAAAUGGUCUUGAAUCAGAAGUGACAGAAUUAGAGAAAAUUCUGAAGGCGUGUAAAAGAAACAAUGAAAUGUACACCCAAAAGAGAAAGCUUCUUGAAAAUAUCAAAACAGAACAGAAACAAAUAGCAGCCUUAAAAGCUGCAAUAUCGGAUGGCGACAGUUUAGAAGAGAAAAGCGAGCAACAAUAUGUCGAUAGCCUGGAAGACAUGGUACAAUAUAUAGCUCCAGGAAGAUGUCGGAUGAGUUUGGAUUUUAGAGACAAGGAUGUCCCAGCUACUCUCUUACCAGCAAGUCUACGGAUUGAUCCAGGAAUUAAAAUGCCUGUUAAGCUGUAUGAUGUUGAGCAAGAUUUGAAAGACUCCACAUUUUAUUCUGAAUGCAAUUUUGAUUAAAUUUACAAAAUCUGCUGUUAAACUGAAUAAAAACAAAAAUACAAUACUUACACUCAACAAAAUUCCUAAUCGCUCACUUUUAUAUUGUAUUACUAUUUUAAUAAAACAUGUAUUUACACGAAAUUUCACAUACCGACAUUUGAAUAUGUACUAAAGCUAAUCAUUAUCCCCCGCCGAUGAAAUCGGGAGUGGGGUAUUGAAAUGGCGUUGUCCGUCCGUCCAUGCGUGCGUCCGUCCGCAGCCAUUUCUCAGUAACUAGCAGGUAGAAUUUCAUGAAACUUGAAAUAAACAUGAACCAACAUACUGCGAUGAUGCCCGUCAAGUUCUUUUUAAUUGGUCAAUUUUCCUUAGAGCUAUUGCCCUUUAUUUACUAAAAAAUGCCCCAAAAUGUCCGCCCGCAGCCAUUUCUCAGUAACUAGCUGGUAGAAUUGCAUGAAAUUUGAAAUAAAGAUGAGCCAACAUACUGUGAUGAUGCCCGUCAUUUUUUUUAAUUAUUAUUCAAUUUCCCUCAGAGUUAUUGCCCUUUAAUUGUUAAAAAAUCCACAGAUUUGUACAUAACAAACCAACCAAUGGGAAGAAUUUUAUUAAACUUCUUUCAUUUGUUUUCAUGAACGUUUAUUAUAAACAUGUGCAGAUGUUGCC